CGAGAUGGGGCUUUUGGGCUGCAGCACGAGUCAAGGCUGCUGCCUGACGUGGCUGGGAAUAUUGCAUCUUCCUUGAAACGACUGCGAACAAUGUGUCCAGGUCAGAAGCACUAAAUUUAGGUAUUGGAGUUGCGUCCGUUACCAUCGAAGAAGCGCCCAAGCUUCCAGCACGAAUGAUUUCUCAUUUGGGGAUUGCAUCAUGCGACGAGAGACAGACUUGAUCGCGGUGUCGCCGCCGUCUAAGCGUAGCACCGCGAUCAAACCGUCACAUCCCGCGGACCAGUGCAUGUACGCCCCGUUGGGCAAGUGCUGCAACCGCCGCACUGUCAAACAGAAUGGCAAGUUGCACUCACUGUGCGCGUACCACCGGGAAAAGCAAAAUGCAAACCAGCGCAAGCGCGACAGCAAGCUACGACGCCUCAAACUUGGCCAUGCGACAGGUGGGGAUCAGGCAGCAUUGGCACCUCCAACCCUCCUUCUCCCGUACGCAAACAACAGCGACGAAGCUCUCGCAGCCACUCGUCGCAUGCCAUUCCUACAGAGAUUGCCACCUAUUCGAAGCUUGAUCCGACUGUUGCGACAGCAAGAACCCAUGCCACGUGGGUUCUAUCCCGACGGCACGGCGGCCCACAACAUAGUGGCCGGUUCCCAUGUGCCUCAUCAUCGCAUGCUGAGUCCACUGGACGAGCGAUUGCACUGGUGAAUCCAUCGCCAACUGAAGACCAACUCACGAGAGUGGCGAUUUUGGCGGCACCUAAGCCUGUUG